CCGAUGUCAACCUAAUCGAGUUGCUCAGCUAUAGAGAGCGAGCGACGACAGUUACUGACCGCAGAGCUACGACUAACGACGAGAAGCGGAGGAAGUAGCACGACGAACCACACCACUGCCCAAUAUUCAACGAUUCAAUCCCCAGCAUUCUCAGUAAAGGGUAUCAAAGAGGUGUAGCUCGUGCGAGAAGUGCUUUGCAUUUUCUCUUUCAAUAUAGAGCUUCAAGAUGUCUUCUCCCUUCUCAAUAAAUGGCGGUGCCUGCGUGGCAAUGGUCGGCAAAGACUGCGUUGCAAUUGCAUGCGAUCUGCGACUAGGCAUGCAAGCCUUGACAAUUUCGAAUAAUUUCCCCAAGAUCUUCAACUAUGGCGAUGUCUACCUGGGUCUCACAGGGCUGGCGACGGACGUUGCAACGGUGUCAGAUCUAUUCCGUUACAAGGUCAACAUGUACCGGCUGCGUGAGGAGCGGCCCAUCUCGCCGCAAACAAUGGCCAAUCUCGUCAGCUCGAGUCUGUAUGAGCGGCGAUUUGGUCCUUUCUUCGUCAGUCCUGUCAUUGCGGGCAUCAACCACACUACGGGAAAGCCAUUCAUCUGCGGUUUCGACAGCAUCGGUUGUAUCGACUUUGCCAAGGACUUUAUCGUCAGCGGUACUGCCAGCGACCAGCUGUUCGGUACUUGCGAAGGAUUGUGGGAGCCGGACCUUGGCCCUGAGGACCUCUUCGAGACUGUCUCGCAAGCUCUCCUCAACGCUGUCGACCGUGACGCGCUCUCGGGCUGGGGCGCCCACGUUUACAUCAUUGAAAAGGACAAGGUCACAAAGCGGUUAUUGAAGGGUCGGCAGGACUAAAACGGAGUUUUGCAUUUUGGCUUUUCCUUUUCUUUUUCCCCCCAAUAUACUUUCUCUUAUUUCCUUCCAAAGCCCACGUUAUGUUUGUACUAUUACGGCAUUAGAAUCCCUCCAGCAGAUCUAAAUGUGAUCAUUUCCUUGAAACUAACAAAUAUGCCCCUGUGGCCGCUUUACUCCAUACUACCCGGGAGCCAGAUUGUAUUAAUCCAUUCCUUUCACUUGUGUCAGCAAAACUCGCUGCGCCCUUUGUGAAAAGACAGUCCAUCCCAAAACUGAAGCCCGCCCUAGGAAAGUCUAUAUAAGAGGGU